AUGCAAAAGAGGAAUCGUUACCAGUCCUCCCGUUCCGCAAUGGGGAAACAACCACUCAAACGCUUCACCAUUGCGAUUACUGGCUACUUCGGAGAACAGCGCUCGUCCGAACAGAUGCGCAAAUGGAUACAUAACAAUGGAGGCAUCUUUGCAUAUAAUGUCUCUCCGAAGAUUACCCACCUUGUUUGUAGCAAGGAAGACUUCAAGAAGAAUGUGGCAAUGGUCCAAAAGGCACGCCAGCUCAGGACCGUCAAAAUCGUCUCCUGGGAUUGGCUGGAGGACACCUUGAUGAAAGAGCAUCCCAUGAAAGAAUCCGAAUACCUUAUGGCCCCUCUAGUCAAGUGUGCUGCGGACAAUAAAGAAAAGAAGAAGGCAGCCAGGAAAGAGAACAUUAGAAAAGGCAAUGGCUAUCAUAUCUAUCAAGACUGCACCAAGUUCAACUACGACGUUACCCUUGCCCGCACGAACCUCCUCGUCAACAAAAAUGAUCGCUUCGCCCUCAAGGUGUGCUAUCCCUCCUCCCCAACGUACACACCUCCUCACAAACGCCAUCUCACCCCCGACCCCAUGAUCACUACUCCCAUAUUCCCCAUCAUUCCCCUCUCACCUCGGGCCCGCGCCCGCAUCCACUGUCCGCGCGCUCAGAGAUUGCAGCUCUUCGAGUCCCACGCUACGCCCAAGUACUACGCCUGCUAUGCCAAGUACAGUUCUCCCGGCCACGCACCCACAAGUGAGAUGCUGGCGCCGAUUGGGAGCCCGUGGGAAACCGCAUGGGACGCGUUUCAGGGGUUUUUCGAAUUGAAAACGGGAAAGAAGUGGGAGGAGAGAUUCGUCAGGAUGGCCUUGGGGAGUGAGGCUUUCACGUACACUCCGCCGAAAGUGGGACAGCCAAGGGGCAUGUUCUUGGAGAUCUGA